AUGACUAAAUUACACUACAAAGUUAAAGAUAUUUCACUUGCCGCUUGGGGUCGUAAGGAAAUUGAAAUUGCCGAAAAUGAAAUGCCAGGUUUAAUGACCUUAAGAAAGAAAUAUGGUCCAGCUCAAAUCUUAAAAGGUGCUCGUAUUGCAGGUUGUUUACACAUGACUAUCCAAACCGCCGUUUUAAUUGAAACUUUAACUGCUCUCGGUGCUCAAGUCCAAUGGUCAUCAUGUAACAUUUUCUCCACUCAAGAUCAAGCCGCCGCUGCCAUCGCUGCCACUGGUGUCCCAGUCUAUGCCUGGAAAGGUGAAACCGAAGAAGAAUACAACUGGUGUGUCGAACAAACCAUUGUUUUCCAAGAUGGUCAACCAUUAAAUAUGAUCUUAGAUGAUGGUGGUGAUUUAACCAACCUCGUCCACGAGAAAUACCCACAAUUCUUAGCUGGUAUCAAAGGUAUCUCUGAAGAAACCACCACUGGUGUCCACAACCUCUACAAAAUGUUCAAAGAAGGUAAAUUAAAGGUCCCAGCCAUCAACGUCAAUGACUCUGUCACCAAAUCCAAAUUCGAUAACUUAUAUGGUUGUCGUGAAUCUUUAAUCGAUGGUAUUAAACGUGCCACCGAUGUUAUGAUUGCCGGUAAAGUUGCCGUCGUCGCUGGUUACGGUGAUGUAGGUAAAGGUUGUGCUCAAUCAUUAUCAAAAAUGGGUGCUCGUGUUUUAGUCACUGAAAUCGAUCCAAUCAAUGCCCUCCAAGCCUGUAUGGAUGGUUACCAAAUCGUCACCAUGGAAACCGCCGCUCCAUUAUCAAACAUUUUCGUCACCACCACCGGUUGUCGUGAUAUCGUCAGAGGUGAACACUUUGCCGUCAUGAAAGAAGAUGCCAUCGUUUGUAACAUUGGUCACUUUGAUUGUGAAAUCGAUGUCGCUUGGUUAAACGCCAACGCCAAAAAAGAUACCGUCAAACCACAAGUUGACCGUUACACCCUUGCCAACGGUGUCCACAUCAUCCUCUUAGCUGAAGGUCGUCUCGUCAAUUUAGGUUGUGGUACUGGUCAUCCAUCUUUUGUUAUGUCAAACUCUUUCUGUAACCAAACUUUAGCUCAAAUCGCCCUCUGGACUAAAACUGAAGAAUACCCAUUAGGUGUCCACUUCUUACCAAAGAUUUUAGAUGAAGAAGUUGCUCGUUUACAUUUAGAUCAAUUAGGUGCUAAAUUAACUACCCUCACUGAAAAACAAUCCGAAUAUUUAUCAGUUCCAGUCGCUGGUCCAUACAAAGUUGAUCACUACAGAUAUUAA